UAAUUUCGAUGGUUGCUAGCAAGCCUGGAGCAAGAAAAAAAAGAAAAAAUUCCAGAAACUUGAUGCGUUUCCUUUAUUCUUCAAAUUGUUCGAAAAAAUUCGAUCCAAACUGUCUUUUUAACGACGUUUCGAAGAUUUCUCGAAAAAAGGUUUCGAUGCUAUCCCUGUCGUACUUUCUCACGAGAUUGAGAAUGAGGGAACGGCAAAUAGAGAUUAAGCGGAUCUCUCUCUCUCUCUCUCUCUCGCAACCGGUGCAGCGACACAGUAAUUUGUCCGUGAAAGAUUGAAAAACGCGACUCUUACGAGCACACAAUCUCCUUUACCAAUCGCCCUUUAUGGAGUUUCACGAACCGUGUAAGCGUGUGAAUAUCCAGAGAGUGUACGGUCAAAACACGAUCGCCACUGGGUACAUUUUAACGGGCUAAUUUAAGCGGGCUCAACGAUCCCUUCUUCUAAACCGUAAAACGCUAAACGGUCUAAUCGCCAUUAUAUCAUCUCCGGUAUUUCACUUAACGUCUCUCUCUCUGUUGCGAGCGAGCCAGUUCGCCGAAUUCUCCUGCGUCGACCAAUUUCUCCUCGCUCGACCGCCAUGCGUCUUCUACUCUUUUUUACCCUGUGGAUCUUAAACCGCGAUGCUUGGACUUGGUGCGAGAAGUCUGUCGAGAACAGGAGCAUCGAACGAUGGAAGAGAGGAUUCGAGGGGGAAUACUUGGUGUUUCCAGAAGGAAGCAACGUUCAACCAGUAAAGAAACCAUCGAACCAGAUAUUCCUCGCGAGAAGCCAUUCUCUCGAUUCGAUCUCGAAAUCGUUCGAUUCGUGCGCAGCUGGUGUAUUGCAUGACCAUCACUACUUACUCCAAGCCUCGAGGAAUGUUCAACAUCGGAUUGACGGCUGGCCAGGCAUGGGAGCUGCCCUCGAAGAGCACCCUGUCCAACAAGUUCAAGGAUUAUCAUCGUCGAAGCAGAAGAGAGCUGUAUCGCAAGUUGGAACUACUUUUGGCAAGAUACUCUCGAGAACGCGUUGGAAAGAUAUCGAAAUCGGCAGCAACGUUUCAAAAGGAUUUAUAAUUAAUUUAAUCCUUCGGAAAAGGAAGUGUGGAAGCGAUAGAAAAAGUGUUACUUCGAUCGACUGGUGGCUAUUACAAAAAUUUUCACGAGAGUUCCGGGGCAAGGAUGGGAGAGGAUGCGUUUUGAAGGCGAUCUGCAACGCGGCUGGGAGGAGUCGAAGGGACGUUGGGAAAGGACCUUUCAUGAGGGAGAUUCUACACGCUGUGUUCACAUUGCCGGCGAGCUACGACGACGGUGAUCCAACGACCGAGUACGAGAGAGCUUACUUCCUAAAAGAGAAUUGCAACGAAGCGGAGUGGAAAUGUCCGGAUGUGUUCUCAGACAAUCUUUCCUCUUAAUUUAUCAAAUAAUUGCGCCACCAUUGUUGCGCACUGUCUAGGGAGAUCUCUCGAAGACGCUACGCUUCCGUCCAAUCACCAUACUUUUACUCCAGAUACUGUUUAAUUAAUCCGUUGAAUAAAACGAAGAUCGCUCGUCUCUUGUUUAAAGAACGAAUAAAAAAAAUUGCCAAUCUUUUUUUCGACAGAACGCUUUCAUCUAUUUUUUUUUUUUUUUUAUGGAACGAUGGUGAUGAUUCGUAAACAAAUCGCAUUCGAAAAAUAUUAUAAAUAUUCGAGAAUCAAUUCAAGAGCCAAAUAAUUAUUUACAAUUAACGAA